AUGAAAGAGGAUAUAAAUCAUCUUCUAAAAUUAUCAAAUUAUUAUGAUAUAUUAGGUGUUUAGAGAAAUGCUAGUGAUGAUGAACUUAAGAAAGCUUAUAGAAAAUUAGCAUUAAAAUAUCAUCCUGAUAAAAAUAAUGAUGAAGGUGCUUAAGAAGUUUUCAAGAAGAUUUCAGAAGCUUACUCUACUUUAUCAUCUCCAUAAAAAAGAGAAACUUACACUUUUGAAUAAUAAAAACCUCAAACUCAUCCUCAUUAAAACAAAUAUUAUCGACAUUUCUAACCAGAUGAAGAAUUUGAACUAUUUGCAUAAGUAAGUUAUUUAUCUUAAUGGAAAUAAGAGUUUAAAAAGACAGUUCUAAAGACAUUAAGCUAGAAGUGAAACAAAAUAAACUCAUAAGAAACCUUAAAAUAAUGCAAAAUAUGCUAAAUUAUUUAAUAGCAUAAUUAAAUUAAUUAUUUUAUUAACAUUCCUUUAUUUUGCAUCUUCAGCAUUCUAAUUUCCUUUUAAGAAAUAACCUUUAUAUUAAUUUUAGAAGAGCUUACAAUAUUCAGUGCCAAGAAUAUCAAAUAAAUUACAAGUAUAAACAUAAUAAAUGAGGUCAAAUAUUUUGUAGGAGAUCAAUUUAAAAAAGAAAAACUGUCACCAGAAAAACUACUUAAAUUUGAUUAUGAUGUCGAAAAGAAUUAUGUAAAUUAAUUGAAAAGAUUAUGUGAUGCAACUAAUUAAAAAUAAUAAAACUAUAUUAGAUUAAUGAAUAAAUCUGUUUAUUCAGGAGAAAUAAGAAAGUUUUAAAAAGCAAUUGAUUAAUUAGAUUGGAGUUCAUGUAAUACAAUCAAUAGUUUAAAAUUGAAUUUUGAUAAAUUCGAUAUUUAUUUCUGA